AUGAAUAAGGUAAAUCCCUCUGCUGCUCUCAGCUACUUUCUCGUUGUUUCUGUACAAAAGGAGCUGUUACUAAAUUCAAUUUCCGUGAAGAAAUUAGGAACAUUAAUGGGUUGGAUGAUGCUCUUUGCCUUCUUUGCCUUUCGGGCCGGGUUGAUUACGGGUUCUCAGUUCUGGGUUGGUUCUUCAAGCGCUGCAGAUGAAUAUACCUUCAGCACCUUACUGAAAGGUCUGUUUCGAGAGAAUAGGAUAAACGAAGCACAACAGUUGAUAAGGAAGAUGGUUGGAGAAGGGCUUUGUGAGCUAAACAUUGUAACUUGUGGUAUUGUGUUCGACGGGAUUUGCAAGGAUAGAAUGAUAGACUCGGCCUUGGCACUUUUCAACAAAAUGCCCGAGAAGGGAAUCCCGCCAGAUGUCGUUACUUACAGUUCUUUGAUAGGUGGUUUGUGUAAUUUCAGCCGUUGGGAGGAAGUAAAAAAGCUGAUGAAGGAGAUGGUGUUCUUCAAGAUAUAUCCGAAUGUGGUCACGUUCGCCAUCUUGAUUGAUGCUUUAUGUAAGGAAGGAAUGGUGGAUGAAGCAGAAGAUGUAAUCGGAAUCAUGAAGCAGCAGCAUGUAAUUCCAAAUGUCACCUGUUACAAUGCAUUAAUGAGCGGAUAUUGUCUUCAAGGGCGUAUGGAUGAAGCAAGGAAUGUUUUUGAUUCAAUGGGUAGUAGCAAGAAUUAUACUCCUAAUGUUAUCAGCUGUAACACAUUAAUCAACGGCUAUUGUAGAAAGAUGAAGUUGGAUGACGCUAUGGGUAUUUUCCACGAGAUGCCCCGUAAAGGGAUCAAGCCUGAUGUGUCCACGUAUACCACUAUACUGGCGGGUUUAUUUCGUGUGCGCAACUGGCGUGUAGCGCUUGAUAUAUUCUAUGAGAUGCAAGCUGUCGGAGUAAAACCUAACUUCUAUACAUACUGUAAUAUGUUGGAUGGAUUAUGUAGGAAUGGGCAAGUCGAGAGGGCUUUAUCGUUGUUAGAAGCAUUAGAGCGCAAGGGACAACAUCUUCAUAAUGAAUACUAUAACAUCGUCAUGGAUGGUUUGAUCAGGUCCAAUAAGCUCAAUGCGGGUCGAGCUAUUUUGGAAGAUAUGGUUUCGAAGGGGUUGGAAUGUGAUGUGCUGACCUACACUGUUUUGAUUAAAGGAUGCUGUCAAAACGGGCUAUUAGAGGAAGCUAAGGAUCUUCUUUUCAAAAUGGGACAAUCAGGUUUGUCUCCGAAUGAGUUUACUUAUAACACUAUUGUCCAAGGAAACCUAGCAGGUGGCCAAUAUGAUGAUGCAGAAAUGUUUCUUGAGGAGAUGGUUGCCAAAGGAUUCUUGCUAGAUUUAAAAACAUUUGAGAUGCUACUUAGUUUAUUUGACUCGAAGGAAAAGAGUCCCAAAUAUUUAAAAUUAUUCAGAAGCUGGCGCCUAAUAGUUUAA